GUUCUCCGCACAAAGUGUUGGUAAAUAAACAGCUUCAGCAUUCAAAAGCGGUCUGGUAUCAAAAUAUUUUCCUAACAAAAUCUUCCUCCCCCUGCCUUCGGUUUCCGCGCUUCGAAUCAACGUUUCCGUACAGAAAUUAUCAGCAAGUGCAAGUGUAAAAUGCAAGUGAUAAGAAAAACCAUUAGUCCGCACUCGACCAGCACUAUCUUGAAGCUAUUUGUCAGUGGUCAUCCCUCGCUCGCAGUGGCGAAGGCCAGCAGAACAAUCAGCACCGGUUCCAGCAGUAGCAGUGGCGAUCGCAAAUGGAGACGAGGUCAUGACGGUAGUAAAAUCCCCAUCGGCGGUAGGUUUGUUGGUACUGCUCUGUCUGGUUUGAUUGGUGGGCUUUAUUUGCAAACAGCUGAAGAUGAGCAUCUCAAGACUGGAGUGAGACAUUUUUCGGUGUUUCCCAGCGUUGCGGCUGCGACCCAAAGCAGCAAUGAUCUGAAGGGACGUAGGGUCAUGUACAAUUUUAUAGCCGAUGUGGUCGACAUUUCGGCACCCGCUGUUGUAUACAUCGAGAUAAAAGACACCCGGCAUUACGAUUUCUUCUCCGGCCAACCCAUUACCGUUUCCAACGGGUCAGGAUUCAUUAUCGAACAGGACGGGUUGAUAUUGACCAAUGCCCACGUCGUGAUUAGCAAACCGAAUGCCAUGGUCACCGUCAAACUUUUGGACGGACGCACAUUCCCGGGGAUAGUGGAAGAUGUGGAUCCAAACUCGGACCUGGCCACGGUUCGAAUCAAGUGCAAAAACUUACCCGUUAUGAAACUAGGUAAGUCGUCUGAUCUCCGAUCCGGCGAAUGGGUUGUGGCAUUAGGAAGUCCUCUGUCAUUAAACAAUACGGUAACCGCCGGGGUGGUGAGUUCCACUCAGCGACCUUCACAAGAGCUGGGUCUACGCGGCAAGGACAUCAACUACAUUCAAACGGAUGCGGCCAUCACCUUUGGGAACUCCGGUGGGCCGCUGGUGAACCUGGACGGAGAAGCCAUCGGAAUUAACAGUAUGAAGGUGACGCCCGGAAUCAGCUUCGCUAUUCCGAUCGACCAUGCCAAGGAGUUCCUGCAGAAGGGCGCCGAUCGGAGAAAAGCCAAGGGUUACAGCACGGAGAAGAUUCCGGUGCGUCGGUACAUGGGUAUUACGAUGUUGACGCUGACACCAGAGAUACUGAGGGAGCUGAGACAGCGCAGCCAUAACGUACCGGACAGCGUGCGCAGCGGCAUAUUGGUGUGGAAAGUUAUUUUGGGAUCACCGGCACAAGUAGGUGGCCUCUAUCCGGGCGAUAUCAUUACCACCAUCAAUGGAAAGGCCGUAAAGAACUCCGGCGACGUGUACGAGCUGCUUUCGGCGAAAGAUCGCGUGCUGAACAUCACCAUCUACCGUGGAAUCGAAGAAAUGAAAGUUCAAGUAACUCCCGAGGAUCCGGAGUAGAACGAAGUCGAGACAACAGCACCCAUUUUGUAUAGGACAUCAAACGGACGCAUUGUUCUGACGCAUCAUAUAAUUUAUUUUAAUUAUAAAACACAGAAUUGUAUAUUUUGUUACACUGCCUGUGAAAUAUAUAUUUUU